AUGUGGCAAAAGACGAAACGUUACUCGAAGAAAGGCUUCGACAAGACAUGGGACACCAUCGACAAGCUCGGCGCCCCCGUCAACCGUCUCUCUAAUAAGCUCGGCGCCGAAGCCUUCUGGCCCAUGGCCAUCGAUAAAGAAAGCGACAAGGCCGCUCGCAUUCUACGCAGCUUCUGCAAGGAUGGCUUCUAUGCGCCUGAAACGGAAGAAUAUACCGACGCAGAUGGCAAGAUCAAUCGCCCCAAGGGAAAGCAGCGGGUCGUCAAGAAAAUCCCCUCACAAGUGGUGAAAAAUGCAAAGGGUCUGGCCAUCUUUACGACCAUGCGCACCGGUCUCUGGGUGAGUGGCUCUGGUGGUAGUGGGGUCUUGCUGGCUCGGAUCCCAGAAACGGGCGAAUGGAGCCCGCCAUCGGGCAUCAUGCUCCACACGGCCGGUAUUGGAUUCUUGGCCGGCGUUGACAUCUAUGACUGCGUCGUUGUUAUCAAUACCUAUGAGGCCUUGGAAGGCUUCAAGAAAGUCCGCUGCACCCUCGGCGGAGAACUUUCCGUCAGUGCCGGUCCGGUUGGUGCCGGUGGCGUCCUUGACUCCGAAGUCCACAAACGACAGGCUCCCGUCUGGACUUACAUGAAGAGUAAAGGGCUUUACGCCGGCGUCGCCGUUGACGGAACCAUCAUCAUCGAACGUACCGACGAAAACGAGAAAUUCUACGGCGAACGCAUCUCCGUCUCGGACAUCUUGGCAGGCAAAGCCCGACACCCGCCCGACUCCCUCCGAACGCUCCAGCAAACCAUCAAAGCCGCCCAAGGCGACACCGACGUCGAUGAAGAAGUGAUCCCGCCACCCGGCGAAACUCCUGGCGAUAUUGACCUCCAGGACAUCGAAGGCUUCGGCGUCCCCGACCCAGAUGACCCGGAUCCGUACGGAGUAAAGGCAUUAGAGGCAGAGGGCCUCUUCAUUCGGGAGGCUUCUACAAAAGUAAGAGCAUCACCUGAGAGCUUUCAGUUCAAACCAAGCAUUAGUAGUCCUGUCUACGCGACGUUCCGACGCAGCCUCGACAGCUCGCGAAAUAGCUGGCGAGCCAGCGUUCAGAGCUACACCAGCGUGGACCGUGGCACACAGACUCAUGAGGCCCCGCUAACUGCCACCACGUCAGUAAGCCGAGCAUCCUCACGCAGCGCGAAGGAAUCCACAGGCAUCCCGGUUAGUAACUGGGAUGAAGAUGCACAAUGGGACACUGUACCGAUCCACGGCGGAGAGGGGGGAGAGGAGGAAGAGGAGGAAAGGAAGGAAGAGAGGAACAAUGUGGCCGUCUCCAGGCCGGAAAGCAAGGCGUCAUCGUCUUCUCCAGUGGAAGAAUCGGAUUCCAAGCGCACGUCGCCGACUUUCACCCGCGCCCGUCUGGUCACCAUUCCCAAGCGUCCUACGCCGCCUGCUCUGCCCCCACGUCACCCCCGACACACCUGGGGUUCUGGUUCUAGCCGGGAAUCGCCAUCUCCGACAGCUCGCUCGCAUUCCACCGAGCCCACGGACGUCGAGUAUGAGCCUAUCCUGCCCAUCGAGACCAUCCAGAAACCAUCGGCCUUGCCUUCCAAUGUGAAGAUGCUCCAAGCCAAUACCGUCCUCCCAGCUGUUGUGAAUGAGGACGAUGACGAUCUUCUCGAUGAAUCGGAUUCUGAGAUCCCCGCCGAUAAGGAAGAAUUCUUGUCUGCCAACGGUGACGAUGACGACCUGGAAGAAAGCAACACCCCGGUGAAGGAUAUGACUCCGGAAGCGAACGCAGACUCUGACCGUAAGGAAUCGGUCUCUGCCAUCUCUGCCAAGUCUGGCGACACUAUCGAACCGAAUGAUGAGUCGAAAUUUGCGGAGAAGCUGGAUGAAUCGCUAUGUCUAGUCGAACUCGAAGAUAACGUCCACGGAGCCAAGGCCGAAGAUGAGGCCAUCGCCCCUGCUGCUACUGCUACUGCUACCACUGCCGACUCAGAGGAGACACCCUCCAACAUAAAGUCCGGCAAGCAGGACCUCGCACACAUCUCCGCCGAUCUUGCGUAA